UUGACGUCAAGAUAAACCGUAAUCGUGGCGUUUCGCAGGAAUCACCACGUAAUGAAUGUGAUUACAUGUGUCGAGUUUACAGAGAUAAGGAUCGAUCCUGUACACAAUGUGUGAUGGUUGCCGCGGCCGUUUACAGUGUGCCAUGGUGCCGACGUUUCGCAAACAUUGCAGUUUGCAUCAUCAGGGCUGGGAGACUCUGAUAUUCCCAGUAUCAUAUGUAAUAUCAGACUCUGAUAUUACAUACAUAUGCGUAUAUGUAUAAUAUAAAAGAUAAUGCUAAAUGAUGCUGUUCUGACCGGCCGGCAUGAUUUUAUUAAUAUCCACGCCAGAAAGCAAGAAGGAACCUUUAGAGCUUUAAGACGGCGCUGCUCGAGUGCCAAAAAUAAUCGGACUGGAGGUGAACUUCGCGGCCAGUGUGUUCCGCAGUAGUCACUGCCACUCGAGUGCUAUCGUGAGCUAUCACGGAUCCGUGCUUUUCAUAGAAAGAAAUCUGAGAAACGUAACGUUCCUUCAGGAACGAGUAGCUGUCGCUAGAGCAAAAGAAAACGAAAACAGACGUGGCGGUUUUUGUUCAUGCCGACGACUGCAGGUCGAUGUUUCGUCUUUUAUUUUAUGUUGCUGUUCGUCGUGUGUCGGGCUAAAGACGCGCACAUAGUGGCCAAAUGGGCAGACAAGCUGGGAACCGAGUUAUGGGAACUCGCGAACGAAGUGGCCCGGCCCGAGGAAUUGCUAGAAAAAUACAAAAGCAUGAACGCGAGAGUUGAAAAGAAGUCCGGAGAAGAUUUGGUCAAUGCAAUCAGCGAAAAUGUAGGUAGGAUGUUGCGUCGAAAGAUGGAUGCAGUCACCUGCAUUCGAAUAGCGGCCGAAGCGGCUGCAGAGAGCUGGGAUCCAUCUCUCGAGCAUGGUAACUUCUCCUACGUUUCCAGCAAAUGCAGUCCUGUCAUGGGACAUGAUUCAGCAAGUAAGAAGAAAUAUUGCACAAAGGAGGUGAAGGAGAAGAAGGUGAACGUGAAGGUGAAGGUGUAUAGAGACAUGGAACUGACCGCGGACUCGCACUUUUACAACAUCCCGGUGAACACGAGUUACUCAUCGGUUCAUAUACCGACCAACGUAUUUGAUCUCACGCCAGAUGUAGUUAAAGAUAUCGUAAGGACUGAGCCGUUGGACGACAUGUUUCGUCAGAAUUACGAAUCUGAUCCGGCAUUGUCGUGGCAAUACUUUGGUUCAGUCACUGGUAUGCUUCGGCAAUAUCCUGCUAUGGAAUGGCGAACGAGCGCCGAAGACGACGACGACGACGACGACGACGACGACGAUAAUGAUGAUGAUGCUGACGGUGACGACAAUACCAAAGAUAAUAGUGAUAGCAAAAAUGAUAAUAACAAAAAUGACAAUAACGACGACGAUAAUGAUGAUGAUAAUGAUGAGGAUAAUAAUGAGGAUGAUGAUGAUUAUGACGAUGACGAUGAUACUCCUGCUGAUUUGUAUGACUGCAGAGUACGUAGUUGGUUCAUUGAGGCAGCCACAUGUAGCAAAGACAUGGUGAUCCUAAUGGAUAUCAGUGGCAGUAUGACCGGCAUGGGAAAAACUAUCGCAAAGACAACGGUGAGCUCGAUUCUGGACACCUUGUCGAAUAACGACUUCGUUACACUGCUAAAAUAUAACAACGAGACGACCGAUUUGGUGCCGUGUUUUAAGGAUAUGCUGAUUCAAGCCACUCCAGAGAAUAUUGAUACGUUCAAGAAAUCUAUGGAUAAUAUCGGUAAAGGGGAUGAGGUUGCCGACUUUCCCAGGGCCUUUAACAAGGCGUUCAGUCUACUUAAAACCUACCGAGACAUACGCGGUUGCGACGCCGACUCACAGUGUAAUCAGCUCAUUAUGCUCAUUACUGACGGUGUUCCCGAAGGGAGGCUGGGAAAUGAACUGAAGGAGGUGUUCAAAAAAUGGAACUGGCAAGAAAAUGGUACUUAUGUACCAGUGCGGGUGUUUACGUAUCUUAUAGGGAAAGAAGUGACAAAGAUGGAUGAACUUCAAUGGAUGGUAAGAUCGUGUCUGAAUCACGGCGACUACAAGCAUGUGCAAACGCAAGAGGAAGUGCGCGAACAGGUGCUCAAGUACAUUCCGGUUGUGGCACGACCCUUGGUGCUUCAGAGUCUGGUACAUCCUAUCGUGUGGACCCAUGCUUAUGCCGACAUUACGAAUCCGGCACUUGCCGCUUGGCUAUGGCUGGUGAUGAAGCAUGAAGAACAAAAAUCGCGACUACAAAGGUUUCUGAAGGGAAAACAGCUGGGCGUGCGAAUAAACGAGGACGCAAUCUACAUACAGCAGCUGCACAAGGACGAGAACAUUGAGGAGGACCCAUCCACCCUGAACACCACCGCCCGGCAAGAAUAUAGACUGUUGACCUCCGUGGGCACGCCUGUGUUCGAUCGCAUGAACAAUCGCGACAACGUGACAGAUGCGGCGAAUGAUACACUGCUCGGCGUGGCCGGAACGGACGUGCCGCUCGGCGACAUUCGCAAACUUACGUUGCCAUACAAACUCGGCGUGAACGGCUACGCCUUCAUUGUGUCUAACAACGGCUACGUUAUACUGCAUCCAGAUCUCCGGCCGGUCCACAAAGGCCGGCUUAAAUUGAACUAUAACAGCAUCGACCUCACGGAGGUGGAAAUACUUGACGAUGGACGCGAACCAAGGAAUCCUGGACCUGAGAUAUUGGAGUUGAGAUCAGCGUUAGUGGAUCACAAGCGGGGUAACAUGACAGAGAUUCCUGUGAAAUUACAUUAUGAUGACAAUCGUCGUGUCCACCUCGAGAAACGUGAUUAUUUUUAUGCGCCUCUACCUGGCACUCCAUUUAGCCUCGCAGUCGUUAUACCUAACUAUGGAAGUACAUGGAUCAAGGUUGGCGACGAGAUCCGCAAGCACCAGAACAUGAACAUGAACGUGUCAGAUUACUUUAUGGGCGAUCAUUGGCGCGUACAUUCGAACUGGGUGUAUUGUCGUUACCAUUAUCUAGAAGGUCACGAGUUUGACAGUUCAGAAGAUGAAUUGCGUCACUUUUUGGCGCUGAUGAGCCGGCCCGGUUGGCGCUGGUCCGAACAAUACGAGGCUUAUCCGCCCAUAGACGAAAAUGUCGACGAAGAGCCCAAUUGUGGUAGGCAGACACUCAAGCACGACGAUUACUACUGCAACAAGGAGUUGCUGCAGUUGCUCGUGUUCGAUGCCAAGGCAACGAACAACAGCUUUCACGGUGACUAUAUGGAGGAUUUACCUCCAAGAGCUCGGGAUCUGGCACAUCUCUAUGGUAUCUUUAUUAGGUUUAUCGCGACGCAAAGUGGUCUUACCAGAUGGCAUUAUUUGAGGGCUAGUGAGCUACCGAAUGCGGAAAACAGUAUUGUUUUUGGCGAUCUUUAUAGACGAGCAGUGGAUGAGCCUUGGUACAAAGGCGCGAUCUUUCAGAAUGAAUUAGAUUCCGACAGUAUUUUUUUAUCCGUUCCAUCGGAAGCAGGCGCGGACGCGAUAGUGACAGCUUCACUGAGCCUGUCACCCAAGGAUGGCGGCAAGAAAGCGCCGGCAGCCGUAGUGGGUUUUCAAAUACCGAUGAGAGAUCUAUACAAGCGAUUCAUCGCGUUGACUUCAGUGACGACGAAUCCACUGAUGAAUUGUGCCCACAAUUGGAUCGACUGCUACCUGCUAGACCAGAACGGCUACGUAGUAAUCUCGGAUGCACAUAACGACACUGGGCAAUUUAUGGGUACGCAGGAAGGCGCCGUCAUGCUAUCUAUGGUCAACCAGGGCGUUUAUGAUCCAGUCGAGAUCUAUGACUAUCAAGCAUGGUGUCAAGAGGUCCGAAUCGGAAACUCCGCCAGUAGCUUGAUGGAGCCGCUGCAACAUGUUGCAAGGUUGUUGCUCUGGUUUCUGCUGCGGUUGAUGUGGUUUGCGACCCAGUUUGUAAACUUGCCCGCCAUUCACGGCAAAGUCCACUUUGAUGAGGAUUUACCAGAUCCGCCACCAGAACCGACACGCUAUCUCUAUCACUAUCCCUGCGAUCAAAAGCGAACACUCUAUACGUUGAACGAGACCGUUGCUGCAAAAGGCGUCACCAAUCACUCCGACUACUGUUCACGUCCCUUUUACGCUCAGAGAGUGGCACACACUAAUCUAUUGCUGGUCGUGGUGAACAGCAUGUACCCAACGUGCUACAAAAGAUUGGAAGUAACACCCGUCAACAUCUCACCCCUUGAGUACACAAAUAGCACGGGCGAUAAACCUUGUCACAAGAUUCCAUUGAACGCCUUGAAGAGACGCAGGUUGAAGAAUUGCUUUACGGAACAUCCUCUGGAAUACGAGACUUAUGGUUGCGGUGCAUCUGCAUCGAUGGUGUCCUCUUUGCUGUUGUGUAUCACUGUUGCUAGGAUUUUAUAUGUCUUUGUAUGACAACAAUUUAGUUGUCCUUGGUACAUGGUAACUGUAUUGUCUUAUAAUAACAUAAUAAAAGUUCAAUAAAAUGAUAAAA